ACAAAAUUGUAAUGUCAGAGCACACAUACUUAGGGUGCCGACUUUAAGCUUAUUAUGUGUUUAUGGGGAAUAAUCUAAACCAAGAAAAGUUAAGUUCUACAAGAUUCUAAGAGUCUUUAGGCUGUAGGGGGCAUGCCUUAGUCUACCAUUUGCAUAUAUAUGAGGUUUAGGGUAGGACAGAUUCUGCGCUGAUUGUGUAUAAAAAUUGGAUACAAUAUGGAACUAUAAGAGGGCUUUUGCAGCAAACCAAUACGGCUUCGGGAAAUAGAACUGAUAUAUGAAAUGCUGUAAUAGGUGUUAAGGAAUGACCGAGAAUAAACUCGACGAAGGGUGCCUUCAAUGGAUUUUGACUAAGGCUCAAACAGGCAAAAAAUCGUGUUAAGUCACACCAAGAUUAUACCACGUGCGACCUAGAGGAUGCCAGAAAUUCCUUCGUAAUGCUAGAAAAUACCAGUAAGUGCCAUAAUCUCCUUAGAAACUGUGCAGUUUGUAUACUCUAUAGUGUGUGUGGUGAGAAAGAGAGAGUAUAGUGUUGUAGCCUAAGCGCAGUGAGGUAAUACGGCAGAUGAGUACCCCGCUUAUGUUGUCACCUACCAUUUUCAUUGACAUCUGUACACUAUUUUUUUCUGUUCAGAUUCCUUAUGUUCUGCUUUCACCAGAAAUGAUUAAAUGAGAUUUGAACAAUUAGUGCAGUCAAUUCAAAAGAUAUUCGGAGCUUUUCACGUAUUUAGAUCAAAGGAUCAUGUAGAAAGUCAUUACUUUUUGUAUGAUUUGCUUGAUAUUACAGUCAUUGUGAGAUAGCAUGUGUUUCUGUGUGAAGCUUGAACUUAUUUUACCGAAUAAUAAUGGCAAUAUUUAUAUGUAAUCAUGAGGAAAAUGGAUCUUCUUUAUUGAUUUUCCCUUUUCCAAAAUUGCAGCACUUUUUUUUUUUAUCACUUACAUAAUUUCAUCUCAUUACCCCUUAUAGGGAGAACUUGUGGUAUUCCACAUUUUAUUUCUGUUGGUAAUGUUUACAUGAUUUUUAAAAAAUUAAUCUUACGUAUAAUCAAUACCAUCUAAAAAAUUUCUCCAAACCGAUCCCGCUUGGAAAAGUAGACAAUAAGUUUGAACAAGGCGGUUCUGUGGUGAGGCGUCCAAUAUCACACCUUCUAGAGAUUUAUUAUAUUUCUUUAAAUUAGGAAAAAUCAAAAGCUACGCAUGUCCAUGAAGCACCCUAUCCUUGGCCUUCCUCAUGUUACAAUGGGAGGCCGAGAACCAUUAGUGAUUGUAACGGCUGUGACAGUUGGGUUAAUAGGCACGUUAUGGGUCUACUGGAGGAAGAGCCGUCAGGUGGAUCAUAGUGGUGGUGUGGGGGGUCGCAGCAUCCGGCAUGGGGUUUUGGGCUUUCCAGCUCAGGAGGAUCCCCAUCACGCGAUGCAGGUCGUUUUGGAUACAAUUCGUCGAGGAAAGAUCGGCACGGUCGGCGAGCUUGUUAACUUCCUUCGCGGUCCGGCUGAUGAGACUUUUGGAGGGCGGAAGCACCCUAACGCCUACUGUAUUCGAGCCCCCGAUGCUUUUUUCCACUUUCUGCAGGAAAGUUACCUUCCCGCGACGCGGGAUGUGGAUUUAAUUACUCCGGAUGCCGCCGCUGUGGCCAUUUCGAAGGAUCGAAGGUCCUCACCAGUGGUGGAGCGGCAUCUGAUGCGGCAGCUUCUUUCGGGAGAUAUGAGCCUGCGGCGUUUGGCGAUCGAGCGCGGGACGCCCUUUGACAACCACAACCAUCACCACCUCAACCUUCUCCAGCAGCUGUGGGUUGCGAUUGGAAGGCCGCUCUCGACCUACAAACGCACCGGUGCGCACUGGCAGGACCUCGGCUUUCAAGGCGAGGACCCCACCACGGAUCUGCGCGGCGGUGGCGUCCUUGCUCUUCGGCAGUUAGUUCACUUCGCGAAGCGCCAUCCCGCCAGGAUUCGUGAGAUGAUGGCGUACAACAAGGCCAUCCAUGAGGAUGAGGGCGUAAGCUGGUAUCUGAUCGCCGUUGUGAGUAUUCAGUUUACGGCGCUGCUCCUCCUGGAGUGUGAUUGCCGCUUUUAUAUUCCACAUCUUGAGGUGUUGUAUGAUACCAUAAAACUCACCGGGCAGACUGGGAAAGACGGGAUGGAAGAGGGGGAUUCAUCAGCAGUUGUCGGGGACUCCUCUGGGGAGGUGAAGCUGGUUUCAAGGCGAUCCCUUGCGGGAAGCCCGCGUUAUCGGAAUACUUCACUUCGAAAUAUUUACUCGCCUGAUAUUUGCAAACUGUGGUCUUCAGAAUCGCCUAGCGACGCAGAAGCGGGGCUGUUCCUGCUGCACGAGUCCCUUUUGUUGCUUUUUAAGGAAUGCUGGGAGCGUGAUAGGCCGCACGUGAUGUCGUACAACACGUAUUUGGAGAGUGUAGUGUUUCCUAUUUUUUUUUCGAAAAGCUGGACACCACAGGCUGUUCUGGGAGUUGGCUGA